AUGUGGAAUAAGUUCUGUAUAAUGUGCAAUAAGUUCUGUAUAAUGUGGAAUAAGUCUUGUCAGUGUCCCAUAAUUAGUCUUAUUUCUUUUGGUAAAAUAAGUAAGGAUAUGGCUGUGCUAGAUAUAAUGACUGAUGACUUGUCUGUUUCUAAGUGUAUAUUCUCUCUUCUGUCUAUUCCCCUGAGUGUCCCAUUGAUUCUUGUGCCCUUCUUUAAUUCUACUGUUAUGUGCAUGUCUAUUGCUUCGUAUAGCCACUGCGUAUACAUAAAAAAGAUAUUCUAUGAGGCAUAUAUUAUUUCGGGCAUAUAUUGUGCACCAAGUGGAUUAAGUUAUGACAAAGUGGAUUAA